AUAUUUGCACCUCUACGGAAGCAGUCGCACAUUGGCGAAGCAAAAAAUACACGCACUCAUUGAGUAUUUGGAGCACACAAGACGCACAAGUAAAUUGUUCUUAUUGGCAAAUUUAAUGUCUGCUCGCGACAGACAAAUUGCAAACAAUCAGCACGUGAGUGAAUUUCGUGAAUGGUGGUCAAAAUUCGCGUAGAAUUUUCGACACUGGACAAACGCACUUUCUCCGCGGCGUGACUUUUUUCAACGGACUCUUCUUGGACUGCGCCAGCAAUCAUGACAAAGGAAAAGGCACCUUCAGACGCUCCGGCAGAGAGAGCAUCAUCAGGAUUCAAUCUGAAUGAAUUCAAUUCCACGACAAUCUUAACGGAAAAACAAAGACUUGAAGAUGAGGAGAACUUUAAUCCCUUCGAGCAUCGCGUUGUGGCGAAGCCCUUUUCGACUGGAGGAGCUCUGGCGCAUUUACUUAAAAGCUCCCUUGGCACAGGAAUCCUGGCCAUGCCCAUGGCAUUUAAAAAUGCUGGUCUUCUUUUCGGUGGAAUAGGAACUGUUGUGGUGGGAAUUCUCUGCACAUACUGCGUCCACAUUCUGGUGAAGACCUCGCAUGAAGUGUGCAGAAAAACUAGAGAACCCUCGCUAGGAUUCGCAGAAACUGUGGGCAAGGUGUUCGAAGUUGGACCUCAGCCCCUUCAAAAGUACUCAAAUGCUGCCAGAAUCUUUGUCGACUACGCGCUCAUGACGACAUACUACAGCGCCGCCUGUGUCUACAUCGUCUUCAUCGCUACGUCCUUCGCGAAGGUCAUCAACUUCGAGCUGGACCUCACCUGGGACGUGCGCAUCUAUAUCGCCCUUGUGGCACUGCCAGUGUGGGUGAUGGGACAGAUCCGCGAGCUGAAGUACCUCGUGCCCUUCUCAGCCACCGCCAAUCUCUUCAUUGUCAUCACCUUCGGCGUCACUCUCUACUACAUGUUCAACGUAGAGCUCACAUUCCACGAUAAGCCACUCUUCUCCAGCUUCGGGCAGCUGCCACUCUUCUUCAGCACUGUGAUCUUCGCCAUGGAGGGAAUCGGUGUUGUCAUGCCUGUGGAGAAUUCCAUGAGCAAACCCCAGCACUUCCUGGGCUGUCCAGGUGUGCUGAACACCGCCAUGAUAACUGUGAUCGUCCUGUACGCCGUGAUGGGCUUUUUCGGUUACGUGCGCUUCGGAGACAUCGUGGAGGGCAGCAUUACGCUGAAUCUGCCGCAGGAAGAUGCCAUCGCCCAAACUGCUCAGGUCCUCAUCGCUCUGGCCAUUCUUUUCACUUUCGGACUGCAAUUCUACGUGCCCAUGGACAUCUUGUGGCGAAAGAUUGAGAACCGCAUUCCCAAGGAGAAGCACAACAUCUCGCAAAUCCUCAUCCGCACGGGCAUCAUUCUCAUUUGCUGCGCCGUCGCAGCCGCUGUGCCCAAUCUAGAGCCCUUCAUCAGUCUCGUGGGCGCGCUCUUCUUCUCCACGCUCGGCCUUCUUGUGCCCGCCAUCGUGGAGACCGUCUUCCGGUGGCCCCACGACUUGGGCCCCUUGAAGUUCAUCUUCUUCAAGAACGUCAUCGUGGGACUCUUCGCCCUCUUCGCUCUUGUCGCCGGAUCUGUCGUCAGCAUUGGCGAGAUCAUAGAAAUCUACCGACACACUGAGGAGGAGCACUAGUCUUUCCCCCCAAACGCCACCACACAAUUACAGGACUAUAACUUGACGCCGAGACGCGCGUCUCCGUUUUUGUACAUAUGAGACAAAUCUUGUAAAUUUUCAGGAGAGAGUAAAAUUGUACGUGAAACUUUUAUAAAGUGUAGCCGUUUUUUGAAACUACCCUCGUUUUGUAUCAUUAAGAAUUCACUAGAAUUUUUAUAUUGUUGUAAUUUAAUUUAUAGAGAAAAUCAUGGAAUAGCUUUAAGAAGAAACGUAACACAAAGUGAUGAAUAAUAGUGACAAAUUUCAAUUUCAUUUUCAGCUGAAUGUUUAACUUGAAAAGAAUGCUAAUAAAUAUUAACAUGAAUUUGUCUGUUUUCUGACUUCGAUGAGAAAUUAUUGAAAGGAAGUCUCUCGUAGUAUUUCCACUUCUAACACUUUUGCAUUAUUCAAAUUCAGAUGUUAGGAAAAUAUGUAU